AUGGCUGGCAAAUAUUCUGAAAGAUUUCAAAACAUCUUUAAUUUUACUCGAAGAUUUUCCGAACUAUGUGGAGUUGACGUUAUAAAAACGAAUUACAAAAUCUGCUGGAAGACUUGUGCCAUUUUCCUAUUAAUAAAUUUUGCUAUUGGUUUUACAUUCUAUACUAAUUAUGUCGAGGUAAUUGUCAAGGGAAAUUAUUAUAACCUGCUGAAAUCGGCCUCUAUUUUAGGAACGGGUUUGCAGGGCUACACAAAACUUGUAAAUGUUGUCGUGCAACAGAAAAAUAUGCGUUUUUUGUACAAGGAAAUCACUGAGAUGUACGAAAUAUACGAAUUGAAAUCGAUGGCCUAUAGGGAAUGUUUGAAAUACAGUAUUUCGUUAGUGAAGAAACUGCUAGUGACAUUAUUCAUACUCGUUGUGAUAACAACUUUAGUUGUAAUUGUUAUACCCAUUUAUAUGCUAAUUUUUUUAGAAACGCGUACUGAAAUCAUGCCAUUUAAGAUACCCUACAUUGAUUCUGAUACCGAUUUCGGUUAUUAUGUUACUUUUGUCGUGCACGCCAUUUCAGUAUUUUUUGGUGGAUUUGGUAACUUUGUCAUUGAUUCGUGGCUUUUUGUAUACGCGGCCCACAUACCGCUAAUAAAGAAUAUAUUGAAAUGUAAAUUCGAUGAGCUGGAUAAAAUUUUGGAUUCAACUCCAAAAGAUUUGGAGAAAUCUAGGGCACCGUUAAAUGAUAUUUUUAAAUGGCAUCAGAAAUAUAUGUUUUUCUGCAAAGUCACCAAAAGAACAUUUUUCUGGGUCAUCUUCGUUCAAGUGAGCACCGAAUUCUUUGGUAUUAUUUCUACAAUUGUUUGCAUGUUCCUGGGCAUAUGGCCACCAGCACCAGCCUAUUUGCUGUACUUAUUUGCUCUGUUUUUUUCAUAUUGUUCCUUGGGAAAUAUAGUCGAAGUAUCGAAUGAUGAUAUAACAGUAAUUAUUUAUGAUUCCUGCUGGUAUAAUUUGACGGUAUCGGACCAAAAAAUGAUUUUAAUUAUGUUGCGGGAAUCACAACAGGCGAAGGGUAUUUCAAUUGGUGGCGUCGCUCCUUUGUCGAUGAGUACUGCAAUGCAAUUAACGAAAACCGUCUACACGUUAUCGAUGAUGCUCCAAGAGUUUAUGAAAUAA